UUACGAUAUUUAUUUGUUAUUCGUGUUCAAAAAGUAAACUAAUCAUGCUCAAAAUAAAGUCUCUAGUUUCCAUCGCCUCAAGUGUGCGCAAAUUGCACACGAGUAAGAAAACAUUCCUCAACCUGGUGCCAAUCGUCGUGGAGCAGACUGGCCGAGGAGAACGGGCCUACGAUAUUUUCUCCCGGUUGCUGAAAGAACGAAUUAUUUGUCUAAUGGGCCCGAUUCAUGACGAUUUGAGCUCCCUGAUUGUGGCGCAGCUACUGUUUCUGCAGUCCGAAAACGGAACCAAACCGAUUCACAUGUACAUCAACUCCCCGGGCGGAAGUGUUACGGCUGGGCUGGCCAUUUACGACACGAUGCAGUACGUGAAACCACCGGUAGCGACGUGGUGCGUAGGUCAAGCGUGCUCGAUGGGAUCGCUGCUUCUGGCUGCCGGUGCUCCCGGCAUGCGCCAUUCGUUACCGAAUGCGCGCAUCAUGAUACAUCAACCGUCCGGUGGCGCACAGGGGCAAGCGACUGACAUCCAGAUUCAGGCGGAGGAAAUACUAAAAUUGAAGAAACAGUUGACCGAAAUCUACGGCAAACAUACGAAAACGUCGCUGGACGUACUGUACUCAAAAAUGGAGCGCGACACAUUCCUCAGUCCGGAGGAGGCACAGACGAUCGGCAUCAUAGACACUGUGUUAGAGCACCCGCCGUCGUCCACCGAGGGAACAUCGUAACAAAUUCGCUUACCGUGCCUAAAAACAACGCUGAAGCCAACAACAGGGUGUGGCACUAAAAAAC